AUGUUCCCAUCGUCCUUGAAGUCUCCCUCGCUCCCCCGACGAUCCGAUUCCUUGAAUGCGACCCAGCAGAAGUCAUCCAUCCAGCCCAUCUUCUUGACCAUUGAGCAAGAACUCCACGAUGCCAGGCGCGUGCAGACGCAUGGCCAAGAGGAUGACCUACGGGGGGCAUUGGGCAUGGUGAUCAACCGUGUCAGUGAACUGUCCAGUAUGCUCGCCGACGCGUAUAAAUCCCAAGUAGACCUCGAAACGCAGCUCAAUCUCGCGAAAUCGAACCUCAAGUUGGUCAUCGCGAACAACGAAAUGCUUGAAGAAGCUCUUCGACAUGGCAAUGGGAAUUCGAAAGAUGUCGGCUGGCGUAGGAGGAGCGGCAGAGAUAGUAGCAUGACGCCUGAACAAGGGUACAGGCAUAGCGUCGACUUUCCGGUGCCUUCAUCGGCCUCCACUAUAGAGAGUAAUCCAGACUUUCCUCCUACUUCGUCGACAAGGCCUGCAUCCCCCGCGCCGAGCCAGUCGGAGAACAGCAGAUUCUUCAAGUUUCGCUUUACCAGCAACAACGCAACACCGCCCAUAAACCACCUAACAUCCCCUUCCCUCCCAUCACUGGCUACCCACUCCCAUCUCAAAGAAUUGGAGGAAGCGACUGCGGAACUGGAGAAAGAACGAGUCAGAUGCAAGAAGGCACUUGAUGACAAGGCAUCGUUAGAGGCGGAAAUAGAAAGCUUGUCUCAGGCCUUGUUCGAGGAGGCGAAUAAGAUGGUGGCAACUGAACGGAUCAAACGUGCUGAGACUGAGGAAGAACUUCGCGAAGCCGUUUUGGAGAAGGAAGCCCUACGGAGCGCACUGAAGCUGAUCGAGGGAGAAAACACUCAUCUUCGCUCUAAUUCAACUCCAAGUGGCAGCAGUCCCAUCAUCCCUCCGUCCUUGCGCCCCAUAACGCGAUCCAGGUCAUCGUCAGAGGUGGCAAUUAAAUCCCAGCCGGGGUCACCAACAACGACGAAAUUACCCGAUUCGCCGCAGGCUCUGGAUGAUUCCCCUGAUACCCCAACGACACCAGCCUCCGCACUUCCCUCGGAUUCUGAACCAACGCCGCAGUACGCAACUCAUCGGCAGUCACAACAAUAUAUAGGCCUGUCCGAAGCGCCAGACUCCCCGUGGGCCGACGUUGCCUCUGCCUCUCCGAGAAUAGAACGCACCGAGAGUUCAAUGAUGUCUGCGGCGGCUCUGUACGCCAUGCGCAUCGUGUACGUAUAUAUCACAUCAAUCAUAAUAUCUAACUGGGGUGCAUCGGUCUUAUGGAUCUAA